UCUAUUUUUGGACAGGAAUUUGUUUUUCCAAUGAAAUUUUUUAGAUAAAUUAAUUUUUAUCCUGUUUUCUUUUGUAGGUUCCUGAAAUGUCCCUCAUUAAUACCUUCAUUAACCUUAAGCAGCAGAUAUUGUCUGUAGAGUCACCCCGUUGCAGAAAGAAAUUACAGAUCAAACUAGACUCUAAUUCUUCUUUUUUUGAGAAAGAAGAGUUUCAUUUGCAUAAUCAAAGAUACGAAGUCCAAUGUUAUGAAAACGAAAUAAAUCAAUGGUUUAGUAAUGCUGUUCGUCAACCUUGCACUUUAGGGCGGUGUUGCCAGUCCGAGUAUUGCUGCUCUUCGAAGAAGAACAGAAGUGUGGGUAUGUGCAGAGAUGUCAACAGCAGGGUGAAUUUUGCAAACGAAGCUCAGUUCUUAUUGAUUUCCGAGGAAAGUGUAUCUGACCUCAACAAUAGACUAUCCUCGAGUAUGAUUUUCAAUGAACUCUUUUAUUAUCAUGCAAGAAGCUGAAAUUGGCAUUCGGUUUAGAUUCUUCAUGGUUUUAGUGAAUUCUCUAAAUUUGCUCUCAGUUUUAUUAGAUAUGUUAUUUUAAUAUUUUUCUAUGUUCUUUAAAGUGAUAAAUUACAUCCAC